CACUGCGCGGUGCCGCUCAAGUUGAGAUCGCUCAUGUGUGCAUUGAACCUAAAAAAACACAACUCGACGAGCGGCUAAAAAAGCCAAAAAUCAUCUCUGCAACGACCAGGACUGCAAUGGAAGUUUUAUCCAAGCAAAAUCCACUUUUCACGCUCUACUCUUGUCAUGCAGCGCUGCUGGUUUGCAAAAUCAUCUUUGUCGGCUUCUCGACGUCCAUGGUUCGAGUUUUCAAAAAGGUAACACCUAAUCCAGAGGAUGCCAAAUUUAUGGGCACAAAACCUUUUAUUGGAGACCCGACAAUUGAGAGAAUUAGAAGGGCGCAUCGGAAUGAUUUGGAGAACAUUCCGGCCUUUCUGUUCGUAUCGUUCCUCUAUGUGCUGACAAAUCCAAGCUACGUGGUGGCGAAGAUUUUGUUUUGGAGUUUUACGAUUGCGAGGUAUUCGCACACCCUCGUCUACGCGUACCUCCCCAUCCCUCAGCCCGCCAGAGCGCUGUCCUUCGCGGUCGGUUUAAUCGCAACCUUUAUUAUGGCAAUCCAAGUGCUAUUCUAUUUUUACUGAAUUAUAUUAUAGAAGAAAUUUGAGAACAGAAAAGUUUUUACUUAUUAUUUAAAUUAUUUAUUUUUUGUUAUUUAAAUAAUUGAAUUUGUCUUUGUGUGGGACGUAAAGAAUUCCGAAAUAAUGUUUGUUUGUACCGAAUAAAAAUAUAUUCACUUUCACA